AUUUCUACUUCAGUGUCUGGAGGAUCUUGAUGCCAAUCUACGGAAACUGAAUUCUCGCUUGUUUGUUAUUCGUGGACAGCCAGCAGAUGUUUUCCCCAGGCUUUUUAAGGAAUGGAGCAUUGCAAAACUCUCCAUUGAAUAUGAUUCUGAACCAUUUGGGAAAGAGAGAGAUGCUGCAAUUAAGAAACUGGCUACUGAAGCUGGAGUGGAGGUCAUUGUUCGAAUUUCCCAUACGUUGUAUGACCUAGACAAAAUAAUAGAAUUAAAUGGAGGGCAGCCUCCUCUUACUUACAAGCGAUUCCAGACUCUCAUUAGCAGAAUGGAACCACUGGAGAUGCCAGUGGAGACUAUAACUCCGGAAGUAAUGGAAAAAUGUACGACUCCAGUUUCUGAUGACCACGAUGAGAAGUAUGGUGUUCCGUCGCUGGAAGAGCUAGGUUUUGACACAGAUGGUCUGCCUUCUGCAGUAUGGCCAGGGGGAGAAACGGAAGCUCUGACUCGGCUGGAACGACAUUUAGAGCGAAAGGCUUGGGUUGCAAACUUUGAAAGACCUCGAAUGAACGCAAAUUCCCUUCUGGCAAGUCCUACGGGGCUUAGUCCCUACCUCCGUUUUGGUUGUUUGUCCUGUCGUCUCUUUUAUUUCAAGUUAACGGACCUGUAUAAAAAGGUAAAAAAGAACAGCUCCCCUCCCCUCUCUCUCUAUGGCCAGCUGUUAUGGCGUGAAUUUUUCUACACAGCAGCAACUAAUAAUCCACGAUUUGAUAAAAUGGAGGGAAAUCCUAUCUGUGUUCAAAUUCCCUGGGAUAAGAAUCCUGAGGCUUUGGCCAAAUGGGCGGAAGGCAGGACAGGUUUUCCCUGGAUUGAUGCAAUUAUGACGCAGCUUCGCCAGGAAGGCUGGAUUCACCAUUUAGCUCGGCAUGCUGUGGCUUGCUUUUUGACUCGAGGUGACCUCUGGAUUAGCUGGGAAGAAGGAAUGAAGGUGUUUGAAGAACUCUUACUUGAUGCAGACUGGAGUGUGAAUGCUGGAAGCUGGAUGUGGCUCUCCUGUAGCUCCUUUUUUCAGCAGUUCUUUCAUUGCUACUGUCCGGUGGGUUUUGGCAGAAGAACUGACCCAAAUGGAGAUUACAUCAGACGUUAUUUGCCUGUACUCAGAGGUUUCCCUGCAAAAUUCAUCUAUGAUCCUUGGAAUGCACCAGAGAGUGUCCAGAAGGCUGCCAAAUGCGUUAUAGGAGUUAAUUAUCCCAAGCCCAUGGUGAACCAUGCAGAGGCGAGCCGGCUCAACAUCGAGAGGAUGAAACAGAUCUACCAGCAGCUGUCACGAUACAGAGGACUGGGUCUUCUUGCAACAGUGCCUUCUAAUCCAAAUGGAAAUGGAAACGGUGGCCUAAUGGGAUAUUCACCAGGAGAAAACAUUUCUGCUUGUAGUAGUACAGGAGGAGCUCAGUUAGGAACAGGUGAUGCUCAUGCUGUUGAUGUUCAGACAUGUGCCCUGGGAGAUUCUCAUGCUGGAGCAAGUGGAAUUCAGCAGCAAGGUUACUGUCCAGCAAGUAGUAUCUUACACUACGCUCAUGGAGACAAUCAACAAUCACAUUUACUGCAAACAGGAAGAACAUCCCUUGGUACUGGCAUUAGUGCAGGCAAACGCCCAAAUCCAGAAGAAGAAACUCAGAGCAUUGGGCCAAAAGUCCAGCGACAGAGCACAAAUUAAACUGCGUUGUUGGAAGAGGACACACCACACACAGAACUCGCAGGACACAAUUCUGCUGCUCUGCAUUGGACCUGAAGUGUUGUGAGAGUACUUGUACUAAAACAACAUGCUUUUCAUAAAUUAUUUUCAAUUGUUCUCAGUUGUUGUAAACAAGUCCAAUUUUUGGAAUGUGUUAUUUCUAACUGGCAUUUCUAUGGUUUUUAACUUUUUAAUGACUCUUUCACAAAGGGGAAAUUGAGUUUUGUAUAUAAAGUAUUUGGUGAGGAAUUUGUUAACUUAAUGUAAAUAUAAGCAUUCAUGAUUAGCGAUAGACCCAUCAAAAUAUUUUUGAUAAUCUUUCAUGUAUAUGGUAGUAGGAAAAGCUGUAGUGAUGUUCUGUAAAAUGGAUGGACAUAGAAGGUUUUAAAGUUUUUAAACUAUUACUAUUUUUAGAUUUCAGAAUUUGACCUCUAUACGAUCAGCUUCUUCAUACUUACAUUAUAAAACUGCUUAGGACUGUGUUUAAUCAAAAUACAGUAGAGUUGCAGCCUUUAAUAAACACGUUUGUAUAUAAGUCAUAUGCCAAUUUUUUGUCGAGUUGUAAAAUUAUCAUGUAUAUGUCCAGUCCUUGUAUUUCGCAGUUGCCUUGUUCAGUAACGACAUGACCCUAUCAAUAAAAUUGUAUAUACAGAUAA